UGCUUUCAAGACGUGGGGUAUCGUCUAGCGUGUUGGGGAUUAUUAAGUUCAUAGUUGGAGUUAUCUACACCCUGUAGUAAGGUAUUUAAAUCAAAGCCAGAUUUAUCCUUCGUGAAAUUCUCAACAACUAAACUCUAGAACAGAGACAUUAGGAGCUAAAGGAAUGUUUACUACAUGGGCAGUGUGCAUUUUAUUUGUUCUACCGCUCAUAGAUAUUGGGAAUGGAGCCUUUGAUGAUCAUUUAGCAAUGGAUUUUAAUAUCAAUCAAAACUACUCAGCUAAUUUUAGUGAAGUAUCGCAAAAGGAGAGACACAAAUCUGAACGAUUGAACGAAAGUGUAGACGAAACGAAAACUGAAGGGACAGGAAUCAUGUGGGCAGAACAAACUGGUGAUAAGUCUGCAGAGGAAAUAUAUGUGGACCCUAAUCCUACAGUACAACCAAAAUACAACAGCCUUCCAAACACAAAGCCCAACCGAAACAGAUUUGUAACGCCUAAUCUCCAAAACCAACAGCAGCAUCCUACAGCAUUUCCACAGCCAAAUACAGCUCAAAUUAACGAUCUACAAGUUACCCCUUACGCAAGUCUAAUUCAAGCACAGGAAGGUCCUGACUUGCUACAUAAACGCAGUAGAAACAUAAAAAUAUCUGAUAAAAUUGUAGGAGGCGUUACAAACAUACAUUCAGAAGAAACAGUUACCAGGCCUAAUUUUAUACAAAGUAAUGAGAUUGAGCCUCCGAUAUUGAUGGAUGAUUCUUCAGCAUCCAGCAGUGAAAUGGGUGGUGUUUCAAAGAAUGUGUAUCUUGAGAUGAAAGAUGAAGUAUUACUUGAUCGUGAUAGAAGAUCUUAUGCUGACUUCUCAAAAAAUCAGUAUGGAUCUGGGGUGUUGCAAGUCAGGGCUGAGUUUAGGCUUACUCCAGUUUAUAAAAAUACAACAAAAAGUAUAACAGAUUUUCUGACGAAUCAUAUAAUCCCCUUUAUAAAGAAUAUGUCUAAUCAGCCGUUCACAGAUGUAGAAAGUUUUUCUUCAAACUUAAUUAAUGUAAUUGAGAGCUACACAGAAGUAGAAGUAGAUAUUCAACUUAGGUCUAAAGAAGAUGGCUAUUUAUCUGAAGAUGAUAGGCUGGUUCGCCUUGCUCUAGCCACAGCAUUCAAAAACUUAACCACAUUAUUGAAUUACAGUGUCAGUCAUAAAAGCAUAGCAAAUAUAACUGAUGUAAUGGUUUCAUAUUCUUGCAUAUCUUGUAAAUCAAAUGAGGUCUGCAUUCAAAAUAGCCCCACCGAUGAUGUAUGGAAUUGCAUGUAUGAGAAAUGA